ACUACAGUGAAAAGAUGGAAAUAGGCUUUGUGAUUAGUGCGCCUGCGUGUGAGCUAAAGAAAAUAUCGGGAGGAUGGCGGACAGCAGCAGCGAAGAGAUAGCGGUGAUUGGAAACACUGAUUUAACCGCUGCCGAGUUGGAGAACAACAGAAACAACACGAUGGCAGAGGCAGGGACAGCCCUCUUGAAACGGAUGGAGAUCAGCGUUGCCGAGGCGGAGAAGAGGACGGGGAAAAACGCUGUCAACAUGCAGGAGACUUACACCGUUUACCUAAUAGAAACGCGCGCGGUUGACACGGCGACAGACGGCCAGAACCCCACCCCUGAUACUCUAUGGAGGCGGUACAGCGAGUUUGAGCUCCUUAGAAACUAUCUGCUGGUCACCUAUCCAUUCAUUGUUGUGCCACCUUUACCGGAGAAGAGGGCUGAAUUUGUCUGGCACAAGCUGUCUGCGGACAACAUGGACCCGGACUUCGUGGAGAGGCGGAGGGCGGGGCUGGAGAACUUCCUGCUCCGCGUGGCCUCCCACCCAGUCCUCUCCAAUGACAAGAUCUUCUAUAGCUUCCUGACCGAGGAGAAUGGGUGGAAGGAGGUGGUGUUUGAGACAGGAUUCCAGGCCAAGGCUGAUUCAAGGUUGAAGGCCCUGAAUGCAACAUUCAGAGUGAAGAAUCCUGACAAGCGGUUUACCGAGCUGAAGCUCUACAGUGACGAGCUCCAGUCUGUGACCUCUCAGCUGCUCAGAGUGCGGGCUCGGGUAGCGGAUCGCCUGUAUGGGGUCUACAAAGUCCAUGGGAAUUACGGGAGAGUCUUCAGUGAGUGGAGCGCAAUAGAGAGAGACAUGGGAGACGGGCUGCAGAGUGCUGGACACCACAUGGAUGCCUACGCCGCCUCGGUGGACGAUAUCCUGGAGGAGGAGGAGCACUAUGCCGACCAGCUGAAGGAGUACCUGUACUACGCUGAAGCUCUGAGGACGGUGUGCAAGAAACAUGAGCUCCUGCAGUACGAGCUGGAGGUGGAUGCUCAGGACCUGACUUCCAAGAAGCAGCAAAGGGAGGAGCUGGCCACAGGGACGGUCCGGACCUUCUCCCUGAAAGGCAUGACCAGUAAGCUGUUUGGCCAGGAGACGCCGGAGCAGCGGGAGGCCAAGCUCAAAGUGCUGGAGGAGCAGAUCACCGAGGCCGAGAAUCUGGUCAUACAGAAAAACGCCGAGUGCGAGGAGUUUGUGCAGAAGGCCUGGGUGGACAUGGAGCGCUUUAAAGAGCAGAAGGACAGGGAUUUAAAAGAGGCGCUCAUCAGCUACGCUGUCAUGCAGAUCAGCGUGUGCAAGAAGGGAAUUCAAGUGUGGACCAAUGCUAAGGAAUGUUUUAGCAAGAUGUGAAUUCCUGGUCCCACGCCCGGCCCAGAAGACACGGAAGAGCGCUUGGUCAAGGCCUGAGGAGGGGACAGAAUCGCCAUUGCCAUGGGAACAUGCUCCUCGGAGACCAGAUGAGGAUGGUUACUGAAAUUCCCAUGUGAGCGCUUGUGGUCUGAAAAGGGAUGGCAGUUUAAGAAGAAAACACAAGAUAUGGAUAAACAAAUGAAACUUUACAAACUACUUUGCAAUUUCCCUGUUCUCUUAUUAGUAUUAAGUUUCUGUGUUUCUGAUUCUUUUGUGCAGGUUUGUGCAACUUUUAUCCUUUUUUUGAAAUGAACUAUUCCAGUGCUUUUUCAAAACUUUCCAAAGCUUUUUUCCGUACUUAAGUUUACGAUAUUUUGUGAGUUUUUUUUUUUUUUUUUUUUUUUUUCCCCGGGUGGUUUUCUUUUAGUUUUUUAGCUCUUCAGAAGACAGACCACCUCUUCUGUUCCUUUGUGCUUAGUGCCUGGACUAAGUUUGGGUUUUAUGAAGUCUGGUAGAAGCACUCGCUGCAGAAGAGGACCCGUCCAGCCCUGCCAGCGCUGAGGUGCUCUUUAAGGGAGCUCAUUUUAUUGCACCUGAGUAUCCCCUUCGUACUUGACUGGUGGUCGUUUCGGUAUUGCACACUUAACUUUGCCUAAUGUCGCACUGCCAGCAAGACCGUGAUUGCCUGGUACUGCCCCUAGUGGCACACCAAAGACUAAUGCAGAGUUUAAACUCCUGUACUAAAAUUUUGCGUUUACUCCAGAACAUAACAUUCAUUUCAGAACUUGGUAACGUGGUGUAUUUUUGUUGGUAAACCCAGAAUGGAAGUGUAAAGUUGAAUCCCCUCUGUUCAGCUUGCUCAGAGUGGUUGUAAUAUAAUUCAUUGUUGGAUAUGCUCGUUCAUAAUGCUCUCCUACCUUUAAGAGUACAAGCAAACGAUUCCCACACAUGCGUCUGCAGUGUGUAGAUGUGUUGCCAAUGACCUGAACACAUAACAUGCAUGUCCAGCACCGUUAAUAUCCCCAAAUGUAAUCUUUUUUUAAGGUCAGUAUUGGGGGUAAUUACAAAGGAAAACACUGACUCACAAAUACAUUAUUAGCCAAGAUGACUCUAAUGCCUCGGUGUGCAUCCAUUACAUUUAACUUGCCUCUUACCUUCAUCUCUUAAUCAAGAAUUUAUAUAUGCUGCUGCCAAAUUGUGUAUUUUCUUACCAAUUUUGUUACUUAAAGAAAGUUGCUGGUAAAGCUACAAAUUCUUACUUUCUAAUAGCAUUGAACGUGCCUUUUAUUGUUUAUAAAUAGUGGAUCAAUAUUUUGAACGUGUCUGGCAUUAGGUCUGAUUUGUUACUUUGAAUCAGAUAAAUCAGAUAAACUUAUCUUAUUAAUAGUUUUUCCCAUGUAUAUUUUGUUCUCUAAAUGAAACGUGUGCAUCAGUUGUUCUUACACUUGGAAAGAGCUAAAUGUGAGCCUUGGCCUGCCUGUAAAUCCUUUAUUAUGAAAAAACCAUGAUCUGUAUUUCAGUAUUUUUUUGGCCAUAACAACUAUCACGAACGGCAGAGUUGAUUUCUGCUUUGUGGGUGGGGUCCAUAUGUCGAUUUAAUAUUGGCUGAGGGGACAGGAUGUCAGGGUGAAAGAAAUGUCAGACCAUGUGAUAAUGGCCUUUAGUUAACCUUGCAGGGAGUGAAACUGUUUUUACCCUUCUUCAGUCUGAAACAAAACGGAGUGGAAGCUGUAACAUCAGGAUAUGCUUGAAAUUAUAGGUCUGACUGGGAGGGGUGAAGUCAUCCUUUGUACUUGCAAUUGUAAACAGUGUAUUCCAAAAUGGUUUUUUUUUUUAAAAACACUAAUAAAUUAAAAGCUGUAUUUGUAAUGUA